ACGAACGAGGCCCGGUCCGGACGAGCUAUCCUCAUUCUACUUCCAACUCUCGGACCAAUCGUUUCGGCUUUCCAAAUUCUAAAUUUCAAAUUCUAAAACAAAAUUUCAAGAUGCCUUGCUGCCCUCCUUCCUGCUGCGGACCCUGCAAUAACGUGCCCUGCUGUGGCCCGCACAGUCCGCCCUGCGGUGCUCCGUCUCCCAUUCCAUGCUCCCCCGCGCCGGGCAUGUGCUGCCCACCUUUGCCCGAGGGCGGGAUCCCCGAUCCCCGUGUCUGGAACUACUACAACACACCCGUUACUUAUCCAUGUGGCUUUUAAGUGGAUCAGGCAGUCGAGCGGUGUCACAGUGCUUCCGUGCCAUGUCCUUGCAGAGAUAGUGUGAAUACGUUGCCCGAGCAAGCAAUUGUCCUUCAGCUUGAACCAGUCAGCAGUCUGAAUCCGAAUUUUGCUAGGAUUUGGUAACAACGAAGAGCAGGAGGUAGUAACUGGCGGAAUCCAGUUUAAAAAAUCAAAGCAGCUUGGCAUGGAAUUGUUAUUAGAUAUCUGGAAGUUUUUGACGAAUAAAUUAUAGAAAAUA